AUGUCUCGAGAUGACUUACGACUCCUGGUAAAACAGGAGAGGAACUUGAGAAGUUUGAUGGACAACAUUCAAGAUUUCGUGAACGAGUACCAAGCCGAGCGAGAUUUUGUAUCCUUAAAGUACCGUAUGCAGAAGUUGGAUGAGUUGUACGACAAGUUUAUUCGAGUGCGAGAAAACAUUGAGGUGAUAACCGACGAUGCAGAUAUGAGGGUUGGCUUAGAUUGCGACGGAGAGCAAGCAGCCAUUGAUCGUGCAAUGAGAAUCAGCGAGCGUGAAGAGGUCAACAUUCGCAUCAUCAAAGACUUUGAGAAUCGUUUCUUCGAAAUAAAACACAGUUUGGGAGUGCUAGAAGCAGCCCAAGGAGAUUGCGGUGUCAGUGCUCAAUCUCCAAAACCAUCUGCAGCGGUAGAUUCAAAGCCCAGAGUCAAACUCCCCGAAUUAAAACUACCAACAUUCAGUGGAAGAUUGCCAGAUUGGAUCACAUUUCGAGAUACCUUCAUCAGCAUGAUCCACAACAAUUCUCACUUGUCAGAGAUUGACAAGUUUGCAUACCUGCGAACGUCGUUGAUAGGUGAUGCGUUAACAGAAAUAGCAUCUAUAGAUUUGACAUCGGCCAACUAUCAUAUCGCAUGGCAAACUCUUCAAGGUUCAUAUGAGAACAAAAAGCUUCUAGUUAAGUCAUACCUCGACGUAUUAUUUGCUGUCAAUUCCAUGAAAGAAGAAUCUUAUGAGGAACUCAACCGCGUAGUGAAGAUAUUCGAGACAACGCUAAUGAUGCUCCAGAAGGUUGAUGUGCAAACAGAGGGGAUGUCCACGAUUCUCCAGCAUAUGGUGUGUCAGCUUUUGGAUUCCGCUACUCUGCACCACUGGGAAUGCCACCACAACUCGAAGGAGGUUCCAACGUAUCGACAAUUGAUUGAAUUCCUGAAGUCAAGAUGCAUGGUGCUUCGAAACAUCUCGUUAGGAAAUUCAAGCCCACAGGAGCAGAGAAUUCACACUCGUUUUCAGACAGUAAGUCACACUGGUGCUCAGCAAAAGUUUUCCUGUCCGUUUUGUGAGGAGUCUAUGCACUCAGUGUUUAAGUGUGCUAAGUUUGCGGAGAUGAAAGUCUCUGAUCGUGUCGAGUUGGUCAAGAAGAGAUCUUUGUGCCUUAAUUGUCUUUCGCCAGGUCAUAUCGCAAGAUUUUGUAUUAAGGGGUCCUGUCAGAGUUGCGGAAGAGGCCAUCACACCCUCCUGCACGCAGGUCCUCCAAUAUCACAAUUCUGUUCAGAGCAGUUACGCGUUCCACAGCAAGUCAAUCCGGACAACCAGACACAAAUUUCACACAACCCAAGCCAAAGCAUGGAUAACCUUCUAUCCUCAAAUGCCACAGACUAUCCUUCCACUAGCCACAGUUCUAUAACCCCCACAAAUCCUAAGACCUUUUCCAAUACAGUCCUGCUUACUACAGCAGUAGUAAUGAUUGAGGAUGGAGAUGGGAAUACCAUUCCAGCUAGAGCUUUGUUGGAUUCAGGAUCGCAAUUGUGCUUCAUGACUGAAAAGAUUGCUCAAUCUUUGAAGUUUCAUCGUCGUCAACAAUAUCUUCCAGUCGAAGGCAUUGGGCAAUCAAAUACCUGUUCCAUCCAGUCUGUUUUGGCAUCGAUACGUUCACGCUAUUCCAACUUUCGUUCUAAAUUGAAAUUUAACGUUCUCCCAAAAGUCACAUCUGAUCUUCCUGGAAAAAAGAUCGACAUCGGAAGUUGGAAUAUUCCUGCUGGACUCAACAUUGCAGAUCCUAAUUUUCAAAAUCCUGGCAGUAUCGAUCUUAUUCUUGGAGCAGAGGUGUUCUAUGAUUUACUGUUGGAAGGACGACACAAGUUAAAUGAUGUUGGGCCAACACUGCAAAACACACAUCUGGGCUGGAUAGUUUCUGGAAAGGUUCCUAAAGAAUUUCAUGUUCAACGAACUAAACUCGAGUAUGAUGUCACGCACAAGAAGAAGUUGCUCAAACCAGGGUCUGGCUGUGGUCAUCACAUUCGCACUGAUUAUGCUAUUAAAUCUAAGCCAGUUUCGGGAAACUGUUUGCUUCUAAUUCGGGACAAUCUCGCACCAUCAAAAAGAGGGAAGUCGUGCCAACCACCGGAUCUGGAUACACCCGUUGUUCAUCGCCAUUUUCCCAUUACAUUCCACAUCGCAGUCGUCGUUCAAGAUCACCAUCACCGAGCAUCGCAGCAGCAUCGGCGCAUAUUGCGCUCGCGGUGGCUCGAGGCCACCGCUUCAGGGAAGUCGUUAGCAUCAUCCAUCGUCAGUGGCAGACCGAAUCAACAACGACAAACUUUAUUUUACGACCACGUCCCGGAAACACUAAUCAGUUUCCGCGUUGACGAUCCAUGUCCUAUCGUUUGCGGAACCAAGUUACAAAUCAACCGCGAGCGAGCGAGGAAGCCAUUUUUACAGCGCGUCAACCCUCUUUCCGAAUGGGCUAGUCAGCCAAAGUCAGUCAGCUAG